UCACGGAGUUUGUGGCAUCGGAAAUGGGACCGGCGUACGUGGCACCACCACCGUUCGAUAUCGCGCGAUCCUUCGAGGAUUCCAACUGUCUGACGCCACUCAUCUUUAUCCUUUCUCCGGGGGCCGAUCCGAUGAAUGCGUUGCUCGCGUACGCCGAGAAGAUGGGCUUCGAUGAGACGUUCCAGGCAAUCUCGCUCGGCCAAGGUCAGGGUCCGAUCGCCGAGACCAUCAUCGAGCGGGCACAGCAGGAGGGAAGCUGGGUGUGCCUGCAGAACUGCCAUCUGGCGGGAUCGUGGAUGCCAACGUUGGAGUACCGGUGGGAGGGGAUGGACCACUAUAACACGACCACCUCGUUCCGCCUGUGGCUUACCAGCUACCCAUCGCACCAGUUCCCGGCUGCGCUGCUGCAGAAUGGCAUCAAGAUGACGAACGAGCCACCGACGGGACUGCAGCAGAAUCUGCUACGCUCCUACCGCUCGGAACCGAUGAACGACGAUGCGUUCUACACCGGGUGCCCGGGCAAGGAUCGAGCCUUCUCGAAGUUACUGUUUGGUGUCUGCUUCUUCCAUGCCGUGGUGCAGGAACGACGCAAAUUCGGACCACUCGGUUGGAACAUCGCGUAUGGUUUUAACGAAUCCGACUUCCAAAUCUCGGUGCUGCAGCUGCAAGUGUUCCUGAACCAGUACGACGAGAUACCGUACGAGGCGAUCAACUAUCUGGCCGGCGAGUGCAACUAUGGGGGCCGGGUUACCGAUGCUUGGGAUCGCCGAGCGAUCGUGACGAUCCUGCGGGACUACGUGAACGAACACGUUGUGCACGAUCCCAGCUACCAGCUGUCCGAUCUGUCGGAGUGCUACGCGAUCCCGCUGCGCAACGAACACCGCGAAUAUCUCACUCACAUCACCAACAACAUUCCAAAUUUCCCGAGCCCACUGGUGUACGGGUUGCACCCGAAUGCGGGCAUUACGCGUGAUCUGGCCGCCUCCCGGACCCUCAUCGAUGCCAUGAUCACUACGCAGGGCGGUACAAGUGGGGGUAGUGAGGCGCAGGUCGAACAGCAGGUACUCGGAACGAUCGACGAAAUCGCAGCCCUGCUACCGGAGGAUUUUGCGCUCGAACAGGCCAAACUCCGCUAUCCCGUGGACUACGCCGAAUCGAUGAACACCGUGCUGGUGCAGGAGAUGGAACGGUUCAAUGGUUUGCUCGGUGAAAUCCGGACAAGCUGCGUCAACUUGCGCCGUGCGAUCGCUGGUCUGAUUGCUCUGACGCCACAGCUUGAGGCCGUCUAUGGUGCCGUCCAGCACCGACGCAUCCCGGACAGUUGGGCGAAGCGGUCAUACCCGAGCCUGAAGCCGAUCGGAUCGUACGUGACCGACUUUCGGCGCCGUUUGGACUUUCUGCGACGCUGGUACGACGAAGGCAAGCCGGACACAUUCUGGCUGUCCGGGUUCUACUUUACGCAAGCUUUCCUCACCGCCGCCAUGCAGAACUAUGCCCGUCGGCACCGUAUACCGAUCGAUCAGUUAACGUACGACUUCCACGUGCUGCCAGUGUCAAGUGUUUCGACCGCGCCGGAGAAUGGAGUGUACGUGUAUGGCCUGUUCCUGGAGGGAGCACGCUGGGACCAGACGAAAGGUUGCCUUGAGGAGCAGCUACCCAAGAUGCUGAUCGACGGAAUGCCGCUUAUCCAUCUGCUGCCGACGAUGAUCGCCGAUCUGGUCGAGGGAACGCGCUACAAGUGUCCAGUUUACAAGACGGCCGAACGAAAGGGAACCCUUUCGACUACGGGCCACUCGACGAACUACGUCCUGCCGGUGCUCCUACCGACCGGUCGGCUUCCUGCCCACCAUUGGGUUAAGCGCAGCGUAGCGCUCCUUUGCCAGACCUCCGAUUAA